GCUCCUUAUCCCUUCAUUCAGGUCAGUCACAGAAAACAGAAGAGAAGCAUCUAGAAGAGAUGGAAGCGAAGGAACAAGAUGUGUCUUUGGGAGCCAACAAAUUCCCAGAGAGACAGCCGCUUGGGAUUGCGGCUCAGAGCCAAGAUGAACCGAAGGAUUACCAGGAGCCACCACCGGCUCCACUUUUUGAGCCGUCGGAGCUGACUUCAUGGUCUUUCUACAGAGCUGGGAUAGCUGAGUUCAUUGCCACUUUUCUUUUUCUUUACAUCACGGUUUUAACUGUCAUGGGUGUUGUUAGAGAAAGUUCCAAGUGUAAAACCGUUGGUAUUCAAGGAAUUGCUUGGGCUUUUGGUGGCAUGAUCUUCGCUCUCGUUUAUUGUACUGCUGGAAUCUCAGGUGGUCACAUAAAUCCAGCGGUGACAUUUGGGUUAUUUUUGGCGAGGAAGUUGUCAUUGACUAGGGCACUGUUCUACAUGGUGAUGCAAGUGUUGGGUGCUAUAUGUGGUGCUGGUGUUGUGAAAGGGUUUGAAGGAAAAACAAGAUUUGGUGAUCUUAAAGGUGGUGCCAACUUUGUGAACCCUGGUUACACCAAAGGUGAUGGACUUGGUGCUGAAAUUGUUGGCACUUUCAUUCUUGUUUACACCGUUUUCUCAGCCACUGAUGCUAAGCGUAGCGCCAGAGACUCUCAUGUCCCUAUUUUGGCACCAUUGCCAAUUGGGUUCGCUGUGUUCUUGGUGCAUUUGGCUACAAUCCCAAUUACUGGAACCGGUAUUAAUCCAGCUCGUAGUCUCGGUGCUGCAAUUAUCUUCAACAAGGACCUUGGUUGGGAUGAUCAUUGGAUCUUCUGGGUGGGACCAUUUAUUGGAGCAGCUCUGGCAGCUCUAUACCACCAAGUUGUAAUCAGAGCCAUUCCCUUUAAGUCCAAGUAAUCAAAUCAAACGGUCGUGAUCAAUCAAGCAGUGUUGUGGGUUUCAAUUCAACAACAUCAUCAUGAUCUGUUUUUUAUUAUUAUUAUUAUUAUUUAAAUUUCAAGUGUUGUAUUUCGGUAACAUGUAUGUAAAGAAGGUGUAAUAUUAUUAUGAUUAUUAGGUAGGGCAUGUGUGUGUUGCUUAAUGGGCCAACUUGGAAAUGGGCCCAGCUCGUGUGUGAUGUAAGGCUAUGAUUGUGUACUUUGGCAAAUCGAAAAUAACACUCGAGUAAUCAUUUCUGAAUAUUUUUUUU